AUGGGAGAGAAACCAUACCACUGUCAACAGUGUGGGAAAACAUUUAGUCUAUCUGAUGAUCUGAAGAAACACCAGCGCAUCCACACAGGAGAGAAACCAUACCACUGUGAACAGUGUGGGAAAACAUUUAGUCUAUCUGAUGAUCUGAAGAAACACCAGCGCAUCCACACAGGAGAGAAACCAUACCACUGUCAACAGUGUGGGAAAACAUUUAGUCUAUCUGAUUAUCUGAAGAAACACCAGCGCAUCCACAUGGGAGAGAAACCAUACCACUGUCAACAGUGUGGGAAAACAUUUAGUCUAUCUGAUGAUCUGAAGAAACACCAGCGCAUCCACACAGGAGAGAAACCAUACCACUGUAAACAGUGUGGGAAAACAUUUAGUCUAUCUGGUGAUCUGAAGAGACACCAGCGCAUCCACACAGGAGAGAAACCAUGCCACUGUAAACAGUGUGGGAAAACAUUUAGUCAGUCUGGUCAUCUGACUGUACACCAGCGCAUCCACACAGGAGAGAAACCAUACCAAUGUAAACAGUGUGGGAAAACAUUUAGUCAAUCUGGUACUCUCAAGCGUCACGCACAACUUCACAGAGGAGUCUCCACCCAAACAACCAUGUGAAGAAACUAAAUGGUUCCCAGACAUCUGUUAUUCAAAUCUAAUCAAACAUGGUUCUUGCUGUUAUAUGUUAAAAGGGCACAUGAACGGUUAAUUGUUUAUCUUAUCAACUUUAUGUAUUUAUUUAUA